AUGACUGCAUUUUUGCUGCUCUACAAUCCAAAUUGGCAACAGCAUUUGAACCAAGUGGAGUCUACAACAACAGCAACAACACCAGCAGCUGCUUCAAUUGAUGAUCUGGAAAAGGAACUACCCGAAGUGGAUUUUAAUUACUGGUAUCACUAUGCCCAACCAGGCAGCUAUAGAUUGAACUCAACUUGUGCCCAGUAUCCCGACCCGUUGGAUCUGCAGCUGCACAAUUAUUAUUGGCAGACCUUUUUUAAUGCCAAUGUGACGUUUCGUCUUUAUGCCGCUUAUCUGGACAAACGCAGGGCGGUCAAUUCGUCGCGGGGUGUGGUGCGCAUUUUAGCCACGGCUAAUCAAAUUGGUAACGACUUUCCAUCGACAUACUGUCAGCUGUGGUUUGUGGGCCAUGAGCAGCCAAUUCUGACCCCAAUCAGUGAGUAUAUCAGUGUGUGGCCACUGAUUUGGGACCUUAAACCACUUUUCAGCUAUCCACAUCUUUUGAGCUGCCCAGUGCCAAAUACUUUACCCAGAAAUCUGCAAGGAUCUUAUCCCAGAACUGUCUCACUGACCACACACAUAUGUGAGCACGCCAGCAACUCACUUCGUGUCCACUACGAACUUCCUAACAAUAAUAGCAUUAGCAAGGGAAUCACCAGUUAUGCAACGGGCAGCAGCUCCUCCUCCUCCAAGAUAACACUCAAUUUUGGGAUAUGCCUGAAGGCAUUUGAUUUUGCCUUUGUGGACAUAUCGUCCCGUUUGAUCGAGUGGUUUGAACUGCAGCGUCUUCUGGGCGCCACUCGCAUCUAUGCCUAUGUAUAUAAUGUGCAUCCGGCGGUGCAACGGACUCUGGAUUAUUAUCAGAGCAGUGGAUUCCUAGAGUUGCGACCGCUUACAAUGGCCAAUGGGACUCCCCGAUUGCCACACUAUCUGCACUUGUUGAUCAAUAAUCGCUUGUUAAUGAAGCGACUCAACGAGCUGAUACCCUACAAUGACUGCUUCUAUCGGAAUAUGUACAGGCACGACUAUAUGGUCAAUGUGGAUAUCGAUGAGGUGAUAAUGCCAGCGGGAGGUCUACGUACUUGGCAUGAGUUAUUGGCUGCCGAUCAAGAAGCAACCAAAUUUUAUUGUCCCAAUGGCUUUGGUUCGCUCUGCUUAAUUCAAUCCAUAUACCCCAUCAAUCACAAGCAAUCAAAUUCAAAUUCAGAUGAGCUCUUUUUGUUGCAAAAUACAUUCCGUCGGAAUUACACACGGGAAAACGUAGCCACAAAGUGUUUCCACAUCACAAAAUACUCCUUGACUCUCCACAAUCACUACACGCUCCAGAUUCUGCGAGGUCCUUGUCAUCGUCGCUUUCUGGGAACACAUCUUGCCCAAAUGCAGCACUAUAAAGUCAGCAAAAAACGAUUGAUCCCUUCCUUGAUUGAGGAUCGCAGCACUUGGAAAUAUGCCAAGGAUUUGAGAGAGGCUGUUAAUUAUGUUUCAAAGCAUCUAAACAAUUGAUAGAGUUGUUUAAAUAUUAUUAAGAUUCUUUGUCCUGAUUGACUGACUGACUGAUCAUUGUGCAACUACAUAACUAGGUAAAAUUCAUGAAUUGCAUAAAUUAAAUCCGAUUUGGAAAAUAGAUAAAAAAAAACAAUGUUGGAAUGUCUUUCUUUCUUUAUAAUUAUUUACAAGGCGGACUCAACUGCACCUUAUAUAACGCAUUUGACAUUUACAUAGUUGUAUAAUGCAUAAAUUUAAAAUAUAAUU